CUUUCCGAUUCCACUCACAUCAGCAAGUCUUUCAUGCCAACCGUAUGUGAUUUUGAUAGCAACAUGACCGAUUGGAACAGCAUCAUUUUUGACGAUCCGACUUCCGGGCAUCCUACGCUCCCUCGGGCUAUUCAAGUUAUGCAAUGCAUAUAUAGCACCGUCGAUCCCGAAAUCCCACCACCAUUCACAGUGGACAAUUGGUGGCACUCAUUGAGUCUUUCCUAUCAGGCGAAGCAGAUGAUCCGAUCAUGAACACCCACUUUAUGAUCAACUUAAACACUAUGCGUUUCCAUGAUAAAUUUCAGGACCAUCGAUUCUCGGUACCCCAGGAGAUCCUGUCUGUCCUAGGAGAACUCAGAGAGUACGUGAGAAGGGUUGUCAGAAGCAGAUGGGAAGCGGGAGAGGCGCGAAAACGCGAGGCAGCCCGUCGCCAUGAACAGGAGCGAGAAGAGCAACAAAAUCGAGUCCAGGCCUUUCAUGACUCUCUUGUUGAGAAUGGUCUGAUCGAUGGAGAUGAUGAUGCGAGUUACUCCAGCAGUGACAGUCUGCACUGUCCUGUCUGUUCAGCGAAACAGACAUCGUGCGAUAGGUGCAGAGUUAUCUCAUGCUCCAAUAGUGACUGUGAAGUCUCCUCUGCCAUCCCCAUCGUACAGUGUUCCAAUCAUUACGACACAAAGUUCUGUACCGCAUGUUCGGAACGUUCAGGUCCUCUGUCUCGUCUGGGCAAGUGUCCCACAUGUGCACGCUGGUUCUGUUCAAAAGAGCUUCAGUGGUGUAUCGGGCGCCCAGUUUCUAACGACGACACAAGCAGCACCAGACCUUCUCCACCAAAUCCCAGUGUAACCCGGUUACACCCAGUGCGUCCCUUGUCCUGCCAAUCUAUCGCCUGUAUGGAUAACAGUCGAGAGAACGGAACGAUUGGGCGUCGCUGCUCCAAAUCUAAUUGUUGGUCUCGGGUCGGCACCACAACGUGCCCUGAUUGCAUCACACAGGAUAACUUCGCCUGUCCGUGUGGAAAAUACUGGACUUGCGGUGGAUGCGAGUCGCAGGCUUCUUCAGCUAGUAAAAAUCUGACAUGCCCUGGGUGCCGCCGGCGUUUCUGUUCAUCAUGCUCAUACAUCGACGCUUGCGAGCUGUGCAAACUUGUGGAUUUCUGUCGCGACUGCCUGAAGGACGAAAAGAACGUGGAAGUGGGCCGUGCCGUUCUCAUGUGCCAGAGCUGCAAAGGUCUCCUAUGCGAGACAUGCACUGGUAGCGAUGAGAAAUUAUGUUGCAGAUGUGACCGAAGCCUUUGCAAUCUCUGUGAAAACGAAGGAGAUGACAGUGACUACCCUGAUAUUGUCUGUGAUGAGUGUCUACGUGAGAAUUCUGACAUCGAUGAGGAUAUGGCUUUCGAUGACUUGUAUUAAAGUGGUACCCCAUAGUGCAUCGAGCUAGCCUGCUGCUCAGUGAACAUUAUUGCAACUCGGAGGUCGAUCUAUGUCUUGCAUACAACAAUAUUUAAGUCUUCUCUCAUUGGCAUGAACCACCAUAGCACAUAGCAACUUGGAUUUAAAACAACUCGAAUGCAUAAAUCACCAUCGCAAUCUGGAAAUUUCUCAGGUGUCGGCUGAAACUCUGUUGUGUGUUCCUUCCGUGUUGCCCCCAUGUUCGUU